CUCAGUGUCAUCGGUUGUUUUUAUUUCACUAAGCACUUGAGAUAUGACCGACAGUCCCAGUUUUUAAUGUUUAAUGUUUUAGUCUUUGCUUGGUCGCAUCAAGACAUUUUUUAAAACGUGAUACCGCGUCUGUUCAAUGGGUGCCGUUGAAAGCACCGAAAGGGAAAGGGAACCUUUGCUGGUUCCAGCCCAGCCAGCGAUAAACACUUCGCCGGUUUUCAGCAGAGUGUAUGGGAGAAGAUGGUUUGUUCUCACCAUGUUUUCACUGUUGGGUUUCAUGCAAGGGCUGGUGUGGAACACCUGGGGACCGAUCCAGAACUCAGCCAAACAUGUUUUCGAGUUCUCCUCAACGGAUAUUGCAGUGCUGGUGCUGUGGGGUCCAGUGGGAUACCUGCCCUGGCUACUGUUUAUGUGGCUGAUGGAUAAGAAAGGUUUGCGAGCGUCUCUGCUGCUGUCAGCGUUCUUCAUGGUGCUGGGCGCAGUGUUAAGAUGUGUACCCCUCAGAGACCUGCAGUAUAGACGUUGGUUAAUUCAUGGAGGGCAACUUCUAAAUGGUUUAGCUGGUCCUACCAUAAUGAGUGCUGGUCCUCUGCUCUCUACUACUUGGUUUGCUCCUGAUCAAAGGGCCACGGCCACUGCUGUUGCUUCACUGGUCAGCUACCUUGGAUCAGCAUGCGCCUUUCUGGUUGGUCCAUUGGCCGUCCCUGCGCCCAAUGAUACCCAGAUAGUGGGCUUCACCAUCCACUGGGACCAAAACCACAUCGGAGAUAAGAUACAGUUUGUCCUUUAUGCAGAGUUCGGGAUGAUUGCAGCACUUUUCGUGGCUGUGCUGUUCUACUUCCCCUCACGGCCGCCCAUUCCUCCCAGCGUAGCAGCGGCCAGCCAGCGUCUUAGCUACAGGAGCAGCAUCUGCAGACUGUUCAGCAACAUGCGUUUCCUGAUGAUAGCACUUGCCUACUCUGUGCCCACUGGGGUUGCUGCCGGCUGGGCCGGUGUGCUGGACAUGAUUCUAACACCUGCCAAAGUCAGCCAGUUGGACGCUGGCUGGAUUGGGUUCUGGUCCAUUGUAGGAGGCUGUGUGUUUGGUGUGGCUAUGGCAAGGUUUGCUGACUCUAUUCGAGGGAUGCUGAAGCUGAUUUUAGUGCUAAUGUUUGCCGGAGCAUCCCUGGCAGCCACCUGGUUCACUCUCACCUGCCUGACCAGGCUCACUCACCUGCCCUCCACUAAAGCCACUCUCUUCACCUCCUGUAUCCUGCUGGGUAUCUUCAUCAACAGUAGCGUGCCCAUCUUCUUGGAACUGUGUAUUGAGACGGUUUACCCUGUGCCCGAGGGCAUCACCUGUGGAGUGGUCACCUUCCUCAGCAACCUCUUCAGUGGAAUUUUACUGUUUUGCCUCACCAUGUACUCCACUGAUUUGUCCUGGUUGAACUGGUGUCUGACAGGUUCCUGCGUCUUCAGUCUCCUCCUCCUCCUCUUCUUCAGGGAAUCAUAUGACCGACUCUAUUUGGAUGUCUUUGUGUCUGUCUGAGCACACAGUGAACUUUUUAAACAGAAAAAAGACUGAAAUCUUUUUACUAACACUAUUGCAAAAAGAGUACAGAGAGGUCCUUCAAAAUGUUGCUCAUUUUUGUGUACGUGUGUUCUAAUAUAUACAUAUUACUGUGCAAAAGAUGUUUCACAAAAGCAUUUGUCUUAAGAUGGUUAUUUAUAUCUGCUAUUUUAGUGUGUCAAUUAGAAAUAUACAUUUUAUACUCACAAACAUUCCUUUUGCAAAUAGAAUAGAAUAUAAGAACAGGGAGCCCUGCAACAGAUGGCAUGGCCCUCAUAGAGACCCUCACUAAACAUCGUGUCAGUCAGAGACUACACAAAGAGACAGAAGCAAUUUAGACAGCCAAAAUAAAAGAACUGUGGUGAUUUCUCCAAGAAGUUUGUCAACAAGCAAGAAAACUGUGUCCAGCUGUAAGUAGGAGAAUCGGUGCUGUUUUGAAGUCAAAAGUGGUCACACCAAAUAUUGAUUUAGCUUUUAUCUGUUUACUCGACUUUGUGUAACACUAAUUGAUUAAUAAAAACUCAUUUUCAUAAUUCUUUAAGAAAUCCUCACUUUGAAAAUUGUUCACAAGUGCCUAAAACUUUUGCACAGUACUGUAUAUAAUGUAGAAUUAUUAUAAUAAUUUAUUUUUUUUGAGACCAGCAGUGGUGACAUUGUGCAAUUGUGUUAACUUCAUAACUAACAGUGGGAACUGAGACCUGACUAAAUAGUAUAGACAUGUAGAUAUUUACCUUUGUACUUGACAUUUUGCCUUCUGGAUGGAUCCCUUUUAUAUAUAUUUAAUUCAUAUGUAUUCAUGCAUAUAAUUCAUGCAUUUUUAUUGUAUUUUAUGUCUAAGUUUUUUAAUUUUUUUAAAUAAUCAGAGAUAAUUAUGUGUUUACAUGCUGUCAAAUUGUGAGGGACACUUAAUUUCUCACAUAUACUGGCAAAUGUUGAUAUACUCAUGGAUUUGGUUGUGCCCUGUGGUGAUGACUCAAUUGCUCUCACAACAUCUAAUAUGAGUAUAAUGGAUAAUUAUAGACAAGCUGAAUUAGUCACCUGCCACAGGCAACUUCGGCCUUGCCACAACGGAUACUUUUAGUGCUGUGGUGUCGCUUGUGAAUAGCCUGUUGGAUGUGAGCUUUAAUUGAACUGUGAUGAGUGUUUCAAAAAGUGGCAUACGCUGAGGUCCUUCAAUCUUCUUGUUUUCCUUAUUAACCCAUAUUAUGCAAAGGUUCAUUAACAAUUUUUCAUCCUGUGGGAUUUAGCUAAUAGACUAGUGAGUAUAAAAUAGCAUAGAUUGCUGUGGUUGGACCAGCCCUUAGACUUUUAUGCUUGGUCUGAUUGCAUGGCACAUUACCUCAAGGCUUCUUUGAGAUCAUAGGUUAGCUGAUGAGAGAUCUGUCAUAUUCACAAAUGUUAAGGUAGUGGUUUGUGUUUUGUACGGUUCUGCUUAUACUGUAGCUGUAGCAUGCACAAAUUGGGUGUCUGUUGCACAAGCGUUUCUGUGCUUUUACCAUGCAAAAGAAAAGCUUCUUAAACUGUCCCAAAAUUGUUUCCUGGUCUUAGCUGGUUUUAGAGGGAUUUUGGAUGCUUUUCAGCAGGUCAAGCUGGAAGAACAGCUGGCCAACCAGUUUAACCAGCUGAGCACCAGUUGUGAGAUCAUCUAAGACCAGCAAGCGAGCUGAGGCUUGAACACCUUAAACCAGCCUAAGAUGGUUUGUUGGUCUUAGCUGGUCUCGCUGCUGGUCCUAUGCUGAUUUAGCUGGUUGGCCAAAGACCAGCAAAUCAUCUUAGGCUGGUUUAAGCUGUUUGUUUUUGUUUUCUAGCAAGGAAAAAGUUAUUUUAUGCAAUCAAACAUGUUUUAAGGGGAUAUAAAUGUAAUUUAUUGACAUAUAUCUUACAUUAGCACAUUUUAGGGAUUGAUACACUAAUAAUGAUAAUAAGGGACUGUAUUUUAUGUGUGAAUACUAUUACAGAAGAGCGUUUUAAACAUGGCAUUAUGGGCUGCUGGAACAGUUAAACACUAUUCACCAGAAAUAAUUUCCAUGUCCCAUCUGAAUCUGGUCUAUUUCACCAUAUUUUCUGCAUGCAACUCAGCCGGGGAAGAUUAAAUGUUUAAUUUGUGUCUUGCAACAAAUGGAUAUCUGAUGUUGGAUUUAGUGUGGAUUAUCAGCUAGGAUCAGGCCAAAAGUUAUUCAUUGUUAUCCAUGAUAGAAAGAAAAUACAUUUGAUGGACACUCGGAUUCAUUUCAACCCUGUAUUUCCACAGCUUUGCAUCAUAGAACUUUGGAAACCAAGUUCUGUUCUGAUCUGGGGAAAAGCCUGCAUGUGAAUCACUUCUGUCCCUGUACAGAAGUCUUCUCUCUUUUAUCUGUCGUUGAUGUUGCCUUAAUUAACUGUGACCUUUGUUCUGUCCUUCUCUCUACUGUGAUGUGUGUACAGUGUGGCAGUCAGUGCUUGUGCUCUGUUCUGUCAUUAGAUUGUUAAUCGUAAUUGGUUCUGGGUAUACGUGGCCCCGUUCAUGUGCAAAUUUGUGUAAAAGAUUUUUAG